AUGAGUAUAUCGUCGCUGCUCAUCGUCUGCGUCGCUUCGCUAGUCGCUGCCUCCUCGGCACGUCCUGAGGCGCCCUAUGUCUAUCAUGGAUUACCCCAGCAACAGAGCCAGCGUGCGUUGCCGCUGAGUGGUCACCCCGUGCCACCACAAAUCUAUCAGGCGCUUCCUCAAGAGCAGUCCUUUUCCAGCUUUGCCUCACCUGCAGCUCAGCCUCAAGUACCGCAGGGCAACUAUCUGCCUCCCCAGCAGUUAGAUGCCAUCGAGUCGUUGCCACCUACGGCGACUGCUUCUGGUGCUGAGCCACUGAACCAUUAUGAUGACUCAUACAACAUGGCACAUCGUUUGUCGGGCAUUCAGCACUCCUCAGGCUAUAACAAUGCACCACCUGAGACAAAGGUACACAAGCAUAUCUACGUGCAUGUGCCGCCCAAGGACUUUGAGGAGGAGGUGCAGCCCCGUGUACACCAUCAGGUUGGACCUAAGCAGAAGCACUACAAGAUUGUCUUCAUCAAGGCGCCAUCCGCACCUGCAGUGCGUCCACCAAUUGUGGCGCCACCUCCACAGAACGAAGAGAAGACGCUGAUCUAUGUGCUGCACAAGAAGCCCGAGCUGGAUCAGGACAUUAUCAUUCCCACGCCAGCGCCCACCAAACCCUCCAAGCCUGAGGUCUACUUCAUCAAGUACAAGACUAAGAAGGAGGAAGCGCCUGUCUAUGGACCUCCACCAUCAGACAUGGAGCCGAGACACUCGCCCGUUCCCACCGCCGAAGACUUUGCUCCUGUCUCUGAUGUAUCUGAUGUGUUGCCCACCACUACUGCGCAGAGUCUUCCCGAGCCAGAGCAGCCUGUUGCAGUUCCGUCGGCCCUAUACGGUACGCCGACAGCCGCCGCUUACACUGGCGAUGAGGUUCAGACUACUCUGACUGCUCCUGUCAAUCAAUACCUGCCUCCAUCCACUGCUCCUGCCGCCCUCGCCAUCGAGGAGCCAUCCAUGGCACCAAUAGUGGUGGAGGAUCAAGAACAGCGUCGUGCGCCCGCCUCGAAUUACGGUCCACCAAACCGCUUCUUCCUCAAGAAGAUCAAGUAA